UCAUCGAUACUAUCGAAGCGACAGAUCUAUCGAUCUCUCUCUCAGAUCAUGCCUUCGACGCCUCUCGCGCUCCAAAACCUGAACGAAAACAUGACUUUCGCUGACAUUCAGACGGCGUUCGAAAAGACGGCGAAAAGCGUCGCGCGACCGCUCGUUGUUGUCCUCCCGAAACUCAAACUCGAGUCCGAACACGAUUUGUUGGACUCUCUCUUCGCUGACCUCGACUUCAACGUGAAGGUUGACCUCUCGGCGGCCACGAAGUCGGCUACAGAGCAGCGCGUGAGCACCGCCUUCCAGAGGGCGAGUCUCGAGUUUGCGGAGACGAAAGGCGCGCCAAAGGAGGCGGAAGAGGAGGCGAAGGAAGAAGUGGUGAUUUCGCGCCCCUUUCUGGCCGUCAUUCGCGACGACGAGAGCGGCGAAUGGCUGUCCGUCGCGCGCAUACAGUCUUUGGUCGACGAAAGCGUCGUUUCUUUUCAAUUCAUUUAAUUUCAUUUAAUCAAUAAAUUCGGGAUUUUUUAAACACUUUUAA